CGCGAACUCUAGCAGGUCUCGUCAGCUCGUCAGUGUUAGGAUAAGUAUGAGCCAAAUGUGUGGAUAAAUGUGUUUUCUACAUACGUUUCGUCAAGACUCCAUCCAGCGAAAGGGCGUUUCCUGCCUUCCGCCCGGUGACAGCUGGCUCCAGCUCCCCCCGCGACCCAGGAGGAUAACCCGUUAAGGGAACAUGAUGGACUCAGAAGCCAUUGAACAGGCUAUUGAUGAGGAGCUGGAAAAGCUGAGCCUAAAUCUUUCAGACGUUUCUGACGUGGAUUCAGAUGGUGACACAGACACUGAGGAUGAUUUUGAUGCAUCUAAUAGAAAGCUAGAGAAUGACUUACCUCAGUCAGUGCUCACCUAUUUUGAAGCUUCACAUAACAGAGUGAAUACAUUCGAACAGCUGAUCCUUGAAGAUCUUGAUCUUGACGAAAAUGAUACAGCAUGUACUGAGCUGUCUCACCAAAAUCAUUUUGAAAAUCUUCUAAAUGAACUUGACUGUAAUCCUGAGGAGGAUCUUACAGAGCUGAAGGAAAGGAUCAUUUCUGAAAUUGAGGAGCAUGUAGCAUAUCCAAGUGAUGGAAGUUGCCUGGAAGAUACAAAGCCUGCACUGCAUAUGAAUGACGAAACUGAAUGUGGUGUAUACAAAGAGGCUGAAAGGCAGCUCAUCUAUGAAUGGGUAGAGCUUGAGGAGAAACUGAAGAAAGAGGAGGAACAGAGACUGGCAGAGCUGGAGGCUGAGAAGGAGCACCAUCUGAACUCAGUGAGAGAGGAAGAGGAGAAAAGGAGGUGCAGACUUGAGGAGUUUGAGGAGGAGCUACGAAAGAUAGAGAACACUUGCUUGGUUUCUGAAGAUCUGGGAGGAGACAGCCACAUAAAAGAAAGAAUUCAACUUGAACUGGCCAAACAGCAGGAGGUGAUCAAGAAAUUAGAGGAGCAGUUGGAGGAAGAAAAGCGUGCAUAUGAGGAGGCACAGCAGGAGGAGAGGAGGAAAACUGAGGAGCAGCGCAGUGGAGCAGCCACCAAGCUCCAGGCAGCUCUUAGAGGAGUCCUGGUGCGUCGUUGGAGUAAGAAUGAGCUGAUCAAGAGGAAAGAAGAGGUAAGGAGGAGACAGGAGGAGAUAGAAGAGAGGGAAAGGAGAAGAGAGAGAGAGGAAAGGAUGAAGAAGGAGAGGGAGGAAGAGAGAAAGAGAGUGGCGGCGGAGGAGCAGCAUCAGAAGGAGGAAUUGGAGAGGAGAAGAGUUGAGUACGAGAGAGCUAAGGAACGAGAGCGCCAUCGCCUGGAGAAAGAGCGCAAGCUAGAGGAACAGAGAAGACGAGAGGAAGAAGCAAAGAGGAUGGAGGAUGAGAGAAAAAGGAAGGGGGAUGAAGAAAGGACGAAAAGAAUGGAAGAAGAGCGGAAAGAAGAGGAAAGGAGGAGAUUAGAGGAGGAAGAGAGGAAAUUGAAAGAGGAAAAAAAGAAAGAGGAACUUGAAAGCAAGCAAAUGCAGAAAGAAAGAAAACAACUAGAGGAAAAGGAGAGCAAAGGCAAGGAGGGGGAAGUGAUAGAGAGAGAUGGAUGGACCAUGGAGGAGAGAGGAAUGAGGCAGAAAGAAAAAAGGAAAGGAAUGGAAGAGCACAGAAUGUGCACAGAAUCUUCAGUAGAUGAUGAGAAUAGAAAAAGAAAAGACAAGGAGAAGAAGAAAGAAGAACUUGAAAGCAAGCAAAUGCAGAAAGAAAGAAAACAACUUGAGGAAAAGGAGAGCAAAGAAGAGGACGGGAAAGUGAAAAAGAGAAUUGAGGAGAAAGAUGAACAGACAAUGGAAGAGAGAAGAAUGAGGGAGGAAGAAAGAGGGAAAAGAAUGGAAGAGGAAAGAACGGAGGAGGAAGAGAGGAGGGUAGAGGAGGAGAGGAGGAAAAGUAAGGAGGGGAAGAGUAAGAAGUUGGAGGAGGAGAAGAAGAAAAAGAAAGAACAACUCGAGGGCAAAGUAAUGCAGGAAGAACAAAGAAAAAAUCUAGCAGAAAAGCAGAGCGAAGAGGAAGAAGGGAAAGUGAUGAAAAGAAAUGAGAAAAGAGAUGGUCAUGAAUUAGAAGAGAGGACAAGAGAGGAGCACAGAAAAAGUGUACUCAAGGAAGAUGGAAAAGGACUGGAUGAUCAGAGAUGUUUUCUUAAGACUGGUAGCAAGAACACAAAGAAGAAUAGUGAAAAAGGGGGGAAAGAAGAGAGAAGUGCAGAGCUUGUUCCUCAGCCAUGUCUUUCUCAGUCAAAUAAGAGCCCAAAUGGUAUCUCAGCUAGCCCUAAAUCCUCUAGUUAUGGACACCAUCAGAUCUGUUCAGCAGAUCCCACCGACAACAACAUUGCCCUGAUGGCACCAGCAUUAGACGGAGCGCAGCUUGAGGUGAAAAUGUAUGUUGAGAAAUCUGAAAUGGACACUAGAGGGCACCCGUGUGAAACAGCAAGUUCAAUUCAGAACUGUGCCCAAAACACACGCUCCAUAUGCCUGCCUGAUAGCACAGAGCAGAAGCGGCUGUCUUGGAUGAUGAACUGCACUCCCUGGUCCAAGCUCUCCAUGCAGACCAAGAGGAAGGGGCUAACAGCUCCAUCCAGAAAGAGGGCGAUUAGGAGACCCUCACUACCCAUCUUGCCACCUUUACCUGUGGACACUGUCCUCAAAUCUGGGCCAUGGAGCACUCUCAGACAGGUGACUACAGUAACUCUGGAAGACUUGCCUGGCUUCAGUCUUUCUACCUUGUCUGAGUGCACCAGUCUGCAGUCUCUAACUCUCAGGUGCUGUGGACUUCAGGCCCUGGAAGGUCUUCAGCAAUGUAGUGAGCUGAGACAUAUUGAUGUACAGGAGAACUGCAUCACAUAUGUUGAUCUUGGGGGUUUGGAAAGACUCGAGUUCCUCAUGUUGGGCAGGAACCAGCUCACGAGCAUCCCCGGUCUAGACAGUGCUGUUAACCUGACUGUGCUUCAGCUGUCCCACAACAUUAUCUCCCGCAUCAGUGGUUUAGGAUCUCUGAAAAGGCUUCAGCGGCUGUCAGUCGACCAUAACCAGCUGAUCAGCACGAGAGGUCUCAGCGAUGCUUUCACACUGUUGUAUCUGGACUGUUCAUUUAACCACCUCAGUCAUGUGGAAGGCCUUGAGCACUGCGCUCUGCUCAACACACUUGACCUGAGAGGAAACAGUCUGACUGAGUUACCGGUACUGAAGAAUCAUGUCUUGCUGAGGGAGCUGUAUCUGGACGACAAUAGCAUCUCCUCCCUGCAUGGCCUGGACUCCUGCUGGCUGCCUCUGCUGCGCUGUCUCUCUGUAGCUCAAAACAAUAUCACUCAGCUUCCUCUGUUGGUGGACUUGCUUUCAUUAAGGACACUAGACAUUAGUCACAACUGUCUGUCAGAACUGAGGAACGUUUGUCUGAGUCUUCAGGGCUGUGCUCGUCUCCAAGAGCUUAACCUAAGUGACAACCCUCUACAGCUGGAGAACAACUGGAGGUCGUCUGUUCUAACAGCAAAGCCAAGCUUGGUGAAGCUAAACGGCGACCUGACUGGAGCCUCUGUAGAGCCUUCUGUAGGAUCAACACAGCUAUGGAGCUUCCAGGCCCUCUGCCAGGCCCACCAGGAUCAGCUUGACUCAGUACUGCAGAGACAAAGCAUGGAGAUCAGCUUGGCUCCCUCUAUGCUGGAUGCUCAGCUCCUGGCCAGAAACCAUGGUACAGAGCUGUUCCGAUUGGCUGAAGAGCAGCGUUACGCUCAUGAGUAUGGCGACAGCAGUGUCUCUGAGACAGCCGCUCAAGAACCUGGUGCCUCCAGCUGCCUGCAUGAUGUAUCUGAUGGGGACCUAACAAAGUAUGAGAGUCCCCAGCUGCACCCAGGAGAGCAGGAGACCCAGAGCCAGCGAAGAGCACACCUGACUGGUAUCCACAAAAGCCACCCUGAGCAUCAAGCUGCUGACCUGCCAGCUGAUUGUGUCGUUGGCUGCAUAAAUCCACUCAAGAAAUUCAGAGAAGAACAAUCAGGGUAUAGCAGACACACCAUCAAGGCAGCCAGGAUGGACCUGAAAACCAUGGCAGCCAUUGUGAUCCAACGCUUUUGGCGGAAACACAGACAGAGCAGACGAACGGGCCCGUCAGAGCCACCUGCAAAGGCUAACGGGAGAUGGAGUCCUCAGCAGAGAGCGAAAUCUAAUGAAAAGAGUCUCAAGCCUCUAAAUAAAGACUACGCUGCCACUGUCAUUCAAGCAGUGUGGAGGGGCUACGCACUACGAAGAAGACUGGCUCGUGCUCUCGCUCUCGCCCAGAUCUCAGAGGGGGACGAGGCCUUUGAGGAGGUGGACGUGGACGAAUUCAUUUUUGAUGAGGAGGCGAUGGAGAGUGACUGGAUAGCUCUGCAUUCCGAUGCCUCGUUGUCCGGAUUGCCACCAUAUUUGGAACAGCUGCUCCUGCCAAAGCCUCGUCUUCUUCUGCCUGAGCUGAGUACACCUGUGUUGCCAUGGAAACCCAAACAAGCCUGGACCGGCAGUGAGGUAGCAGUAGCAUCAGAACAGAGUCCCGACCCGGACAUCAGAAUGCAAUCUCCACCAUCAACGCGAGGACGUGGUGCUUUGUCAGAAAGAUCAGAGAAAAUUCUUGAAGAAUGGGGCAUCAGCUGUGGCUCCACUGCCCUCCUUAUGCUAAAAAGAGCCAAGAAAAUGAAAGCCAGGAAUCAGGAGCAGAAAAAAUUAUUGGACCCAGCAGUGCGUCUGGCCUUGUUCAGGAACAACAGUAAGCAGCCCGUGCCAAUAAAUAUCCGGAAAAGACCCCAACCUGAAUGCAAAGAUGACAUUAAAGCUGGCCGAGCAGAAGUAAGUGUUGAGAACGCAUUGAGUGGAGGGCCAGGACGACUGCAGCAGCACAGAACGUACCAGUGGCUCCACACACAAGCCGAACAGACCCAGAGAAGCUCUGACUCUUCUACAAGUGAUCGCUUCCUGCCGGAGAUUGAUCCUGAUAUUCUGAAUGGUGGGAGGGUUCAGCUUGUGGCUGGAGCAAGGUACAGAGAAAGUCCAGAUUCAGCUGCGAGGUUGUGGUCUGACGCCACUGGCUUCUCUCCACUUUGUAACCAACAUGCUCACGUCCGCAGACACUCAGUUGGACAUGCAAAAAAAGAAGUGCCGUCUCCUAAAAGAGUCACCUCGGCUCCAUCUCGAAAAGAGCGAAUCUCGUUCCGAGACAACCCAGUGCGGCUGAGUGGAGGCUGGGGCGGAGGCAAGAAGAGGGCCAAAGUGAACAAGUAAAAAGAAAGAAAGUUUUCUGUCCAUAACCAUGAGAUAACAAUGUUUCAUAAAGCAGUGCCUUGUAUUUUUAUUUACACAUGUGGGUGUGCACGUUUUCCGGUGGUGAUUGAUAUGUUUUUUUUUUUUUUUAACAUAAGCUUUUAA